AUGUCGCUCUCUCCAAGCCAAAACAGAGCUAUCGAGAUCACUGAGCGAGUCACUUCUUCACUUUCUGUUCUCGGUGCUCUUUUCGUCAUUGGCACUUAUACUGCGUCUUCCUCAUUCCAUAAACCAAUCAAUCGCAUGGUCUUCUAUGCAUCAUGGGGGAACAUCCUCGCCAAUGUCUCAACUCUUAUCUCUUUGUCUGGUAUUCAAGCAGGCAGAACUUCCACAAUGUGUCAGACCCAGGGGUUUUUGAUCCAGAUGUUCAUGCCUGCAGAUGCUCUUUGGACGUUAGCGAUGGCCUGUAACGUCUACCUCACUUUUCGACAUAGGUUUUCUUCCACUCAACUGCGGCGCCUCGAGAUAAAAUACCUUCUUCUUUGUUAUGGCAUCCCGUUUGUCCCGGCUAUUAUUUACGCAUUUUUGCAUACGGAGGAACGGGGGACGAUUUACGGGCCUGCCACGCUUUGGUGCUGGAUUGAUGUAGAUUGGGAUUUCCUCCGCAUUGCCACCUUCUAUGCGCCUGUUUGGUUAAUUUUUAUCGUCACUGGUUUUAUUUACAUCUCUAUCGGAACGGAGAUUCACCGAAAGCGAAAGCAGCUUCGAAAUAUGACAUCCCAGAGUGUGCCAACCGUCCAAAGCCUGAAAACCACGGAGGUCCAUGUCGUGAGCGAGACAAUGGACGCCUUUCAAGGCACCGACGAGGGUCGUCCAGAGAACGACAAUUUUUCGCAAGGGAGACGAUUUGCCCAGUACGAAACUAAUAUAUCCAGCGCUAAGAUGUCGAGUUCUGAUGCGGCUGCUUGGGCUUACACAAAAUGCGCAAUGCUUUUCUUUGCUGCACUCAUCAUCACCUGGGUCCCCUCGACAAUCAACCGAGUCUACACCCUUGUCGCUGCAGGUGAUAUCAGCUUUGCGCUCUGCUAUUUUGAGGCACUCGUGCUUCCUCUGCAGGGAUUUUGGAACUGCAUCAUUUACAUUACUACAUCUUUGGGUGCCUGUCGAUCUUUGUGGAGCUCAAUCUUUGCUCCCAAGCCCGCCUCUCAGGGUAUCGCCCUUUCUUACACGAAAAGCAGAAGACCUUUCAGCAGGAUUGACGAAGGGUCAGAGAGUAUGACUGAAUUGGCGGAGGACAAGUGA